AUGUCUCAUUGCUAUCUACGUGAUAUUAGGAUGAACGACGAAUCCUCUGAUGAUGAGUAUGAAGAAAUUGUGCUUGCUCUUGUUGAAGAAUCCAUCAAGGAAGACACACCUCGUCGACGUGGUUCUGUUAAAGUGGUAAAUCAUGAUUCUUAUUUUGUUCAGAAAAGAAAUGCUGCUAGAGUUCUUGGUUUGUCAUCCCUCCAAAAAAUUACAGCUGCACUAAGAAUGCUUGCUUAUGGUACGUCGGCCGAUCAAGUUGAUGAAUAUCUACGUAUUGGAGAAAGUACAGCUAUUGUUAGUCUUAAGAGAUUUGUUAAGGCAGUAGUUGAAAUUUUUGGUGAUGAGUACCUUAGAUCACCAAACAAUGAUGACAUUGCGAGAUUGCUUACUAUAGGCGAACAACGUGGUUUCCGUGGAAUGUUGGGGAGCAUUGAUUGUAUGCAUUGGAAAUGGAAGAAUUGUCCUAAAGCAUGGCAUGGUAUGUAUUCUGGUCACAUCUAUGAACCGAUGAUUAUAUCGGAAGCAGUGGCAUCAUAUAAUCUUUGGAUAUGGCACGCGUUCUUUGGACUCCCAGGAUCUCAUAAUGACAUUAAUGUGUUAGAAUAA